UGCUGGCCAGAUUGGAUUUAGAAUCCAAUAAAAAAGAAGGGGAAAAACAAAUAGUUUUGAUUAUACAGAGGAAAAAAUCACCAAUCCAGUGGCAGAAGUGUAAUUCUGAGAGAUUAAAAGGUUAUAUGCUGUUAUAAAUUCUGCGCCUGUCUGGUUCUGUGGGAAGGAAACCGACAGACCAUCUGCUCACACUGGCUAUAACCUGUGUUUAUACAUAGGGCUUUUGUUGGUGGCUCAGAGAGGGAGAGAGGGAAGCAGAAGAGGAAGUCAAGCCUGUGAAAAGAAAGUGCAAAUCUAAGAAGAUUAGGCCAGUGUCUUGGUAUGAUAUCAGUGCCUACAAGAAUCUAUUUGUUAGCUGAAAAAUGAUGAUGGAAUCAUGCUAUUCACUCUAAACAAUAUUUGAGAUUUGUCUAGGUUUGAGAAAAUUUGUAUCAGAAAGGUUUCCUGGUAUUGCUGUGAAGAGCUUUGUUGGCAACAAAUUGGCUAUUCUACAAUGCAAAAAUCCCAGAAGAAAACAAUUUCAGAUGGGUCUCGUAGGUAUGGUGACCAACCUAUGCAAUAUCAGGAGUCCUAUUGUUGGCCGCCCAUCCAGAAUAUUGAUGCAGGAAGUCAAGGGACGCACCUUUCAGCUAUGACUGCUGAUCAAUACUGUACCCUAGAAUCAUCCUCUGAAACUAGUGCUUACCCAGUUCACAAUUCUCCAUCCACAGCUAGUUUCUCGCCAAAUGAAAGUGUGGUUUCACAGCCAAAUUCUCAGUCAUAUCCUUCAGAUCUGCAGGAUUCCUCUGAGAAUGCUUGUGGUUCACCAACAAGUGAGUCUUAUGUCACCCACAAGUUAAGAGAACUUGAAACUGCUAUGCUGGGGCCUGAUUCAGAUAAUCUUGACAUGUACAGCAUGACUGCAAUGCCUGGACCCAACCAGAUUGUAUCUGAGGCAGAGAAAUGGAAGUUUUUGGUUGAGAUGAUGUCCAGAGGAGACUUGAAAGAAGCACUUUGCACUUGUGCUCUAGCCAUUGCAAAUGGUGAUAUGUUCACGGUUGAAUGGUUAAUGUCAGAGUUACGCCAGAUGGUGUCAGUUACUGGUGAGCCUAUCCAACGUUUGGGAGCUUACAUGCUGGAAGGCCUUGUUGCAAGGUUGGCAUCAUCAGGAAGUUCUAUCUACAAUGCCCUGAGGUGUAAGGAGCCUGCUGGUGCUGAUCUCCUUUCCUACAUGCUUUUACUCUAUGAAGCCUGCCCAUACUUCAAGUUUGGGUAUAUGUCAGCAAAUGGAGCAAUUGCUGAUGCAAUGAAGGAUGAAAUUAGUGUCCAUAUAAUUGAUUUUCAAAUUGCGCAAGGCAGCCAGUGGGUCACCUUAAUCCAGGCUCUUGCAGGUCGGCCUGGAGGACCCCCACGUAUUCGGAUUACAGGAAUUGAUGAUUCCACAUCAGCUUAUGCCCGGGGAGGAGGACUUGAGAUAGUGGGGAAGAGACUGUUGAAGCUCGCUGAGUCAUACAAGGUACCAUUUGAGUUCCAUACUGCUGGAGUUUCUGCUUCUGAAAUUCAAAUUGAAAAUCUUGGAAUUCAACCUGGGGAAGCUGUGGCAGUUAAUUUUGCAUUAACGCUCCACCACUUGCCAGAUGAAAGUGUGGGCACUCAAAAUCAUCGGGACAGGUUAUUGAGGUUGGUUAAAUCCUUGUCUCCCAAGGUGGUAACUCUUGUUGAACAAGAAUCUAAUACUAAUACAGUCCCUUUCUUUGCCCGUUUUGUUGAGACACUAAACUAUUAUCUAGCUAUCUUUGAAUCAAUUGAUGUUACAUUACCAAGAGAAAACAAGGAACGAAUCAGUGUUGAACAGCACUGUCUUGCUCGGGAGGUUGUUAAUAUUGUAGCGUGUGAGGGUGCUGAGAGAGUUGAACGCCAUGAACCUCUUGGCAAGUGGAGAUCUCGGUUUGAGAUGGCUGGAUUUACACCUUAUCCACUAAGCUCUUUUGUCAAUUCUACUAUCAAGAUUCUGCUGGAGAACUACUCUGAAAAGUAUACUCUUGAAGAGAGAGAUGGAGCUCUCUUUCUUGGCUGGAUGAACCGACCUUUGGUUGCCUCUUGUGCAUGGAGAUGAUACAUGGAUAUCAGAUUGACAAGUCUAUUCUUCAUAUGGCAAUUUGAGACGAAAACUAUGACAAAGCAGGGAAGUACAGCACAUGGAUUUCUUAAGAUCACAGAUUCUGGGUUGGAGUGCAUCCCCUUCACUUCCACUGGAAUCACACUGUUUGUAUCCCAUCAACCUUAUCGAUCACUGUCCCAGCAAUUAUCCUGCACACAGUUACAGGCUUACAGCCCUUUCCAUUUUCUUUGAAAAGGGUAUUAUGUUAUCACAAAGUUCAUUGCUGCUUGUACUCAAUCAAAUCCUUCAGUUCUUGGUGUAUUCUGUAUCAAAAUUAGAUUGAAUUAUUCUGCAGAUACCUACAAGCAGGAUCCCUUGGAAUUUUUGCUGCAACAGGCAUUGUUGUGCAACAGGAUAUUGCUGUGCCAUAGAAUAGCAAAAGCUCGUUUCCAUCUACAA